AGCAGAGCGAGGUGCAUGAGCAGGUCUGCCUGAACUGACCAUGCCUGGGAGAGAGCUGCUGCUGCUGCUGCUGCUGGCGGCAGUGGCGACUCUGGUCGCUGCCGGAGGGGCAGAGCUGAAUGAAGGGGGUGGCCUGAGAAGGCCGCUGUGUGAAGACCUGGCUCACCUGCAGGCCUGCCCCCUCCUGUACCUGCCCAUCUGUGGGACGGAUGGGAAUACCUAUGCCAAUGAAUGUCAGCUCUGUGUGGAAAAAAUGAAAACCAGGCAAGACAUCCGGAUUUUGAAAGAUGGGCAGUGUCAAGAUACCUGAGCAGUGUCAAGAUACCUGAGCUUUCUGAUAGGUUUCCUGAGCCUAAAAAUAAAUGAUUAAUUGAUCCUGUGUGCUCUGUGCAAAUUGCACACUUAAGCUAGCUAUAGUGAAUAAUAAAAUGACAUGCAUAACCUUA